UUCGGCCAAAUCCACUAUGGAAAACCCACACGAACAGGUGCAAAACGCGAUCUUGGCGCGUAUUGUUAACAAUGCCGAACGCUUGAACGAGUCGGUGCUCAUUCUUAACAAGGCUUUGCAAGAGGUCAACAGGGAAAACAUGGACAUUGAGUUAUUGGCCCAGAUGUGGGAGAACUACCAGCGAAACGCCAAGUUCCACUUAGAAGCGACCGGGAACGUCAAAGAACCUUUGUAAAGGUUAGCUGGGAGGUGUUUUAGCAACCGUUUUUAUGAUACGGUAGUCAUUGGCCGCUCAGUUUGUACAAUAUUUAUCAUUCGGUAUGGGGUGUUUUCAUGUUUUAUUUUCGGUUAUCUAGGUGAAAUUCAAGGAUAUAGUCAUGUUCGGUCUAAGCCAACGCGUGUCAAGGCAGAAACGUGCUAAUACAGGUAGAUCUAGAUUGCCUCAGUGGAAGGAUUAGGCUAUACUCUAAUAUGCGGAGCCUAACUUUGAUUUGUAAUUUAAUCUAUUAUUCCUACCCAAAAUCGGUUAUAUC